UAUAGUUCUUGUUCAUUUCUCAGGGCAGAGGAAUUCAGCUCAGACUCCAUAGUCCAUAUUCAUACACACUCACAAUUUCCUCUGUUUUUCUCUUCCUCUUCCUCAAUCCCACCAUGGCAAUCGAGAACAAGGAGCAAAAACCAACCAAGGAGGAGUUCAUUUUCAAGUCCAAGCUUCCUGAUAUCUACAUUCCCAAACACCUUCCCCUACAUUCAUACUGCUUUGAAAAUCUCUCAGAGUUCGGUUCACGCCCUUGUUUGAUAAACGCUCCAACCGGUGACAUUUUCACUUACCACGACGUGGACCUCAAGGCACGACGAGUAGCUUCUGGUCUCAACAAAUUGGGUGUCCAACAAGGUGAUGUUAUCAUGAUCCUCCUCCCUAACACUCCAGAAUAUGUGUUUUCUUUCCUCGGCGCUUCCUUUCUCGGCGCCAUGACAACCGCCGCAAACCCCUUCUUCACCGCCGCUGAAAUCGCCAAACAAGCAAAAGCUUCAAAUUCCAAGUUGAUCAUAACACAAGCGUCUUACUAUGAAAAGGUGAAGGACUUGGAUUUGAAGCUGGUUUUCAUUGAUUCUCCUCCAAAUGGGUACUUGCAUUUCAGUGAAAUUGCUGAUUCUGAUGAAAAUGAAAUGCCAGAGGUGAAGAUCAACCCUGAUGAUGUUGUAGCAUUGCCUUAUUCUUCAGGAACAACAGGGCUUCCAAAAGGGGUUAUGCUAACACACAAGGGGUUAGUUACCAGCAUUGCUCAACAAGUUGAUGGAGAGAAUCCAAACCUCUAUUACCAUUGUGAAGAUGUGAUACUCUGUGUUCUUCCCCUGUUUCACAUUUACUCUCUGAACUCUGUUUUGCUCUGUGGCUUAAGAGCCAAAGCUGCGAUUUUGUUGAUGCCCAAGUUCGAUAUUCAUGCUUUGCUGCCUCUGGUGAACAAAUAUAGAAUCACCAUUAUGCCGGUUGUGCCGCCGAUUGUUCUGGCCAUUGCUAAGUCCCCUGAUCUUGAGAAACAUGAUCUUUCUUCCAUCAGGGUGUUGAAAUCUGGUGGAGCACCACUUGGGAAGGAGCUUGAAGACAGUGUCAGGGCCAAAUUCCCCAAAGCCAAACUUGGACAGGGUUAUGGGAUGACAGAGGCAGGUCCAGUGUUGACAAUGUGUUUAUCAUUUGCUAAAGAGCCGCUAGAUGUGAAAUCAGGUGCAUGUGGAACUGUUGUGAGGAAUGCAGAGAUGAAGAUUGUGGAUCCCGAAACUGAUACUUCUUUACCUAGGAAUCAACCUGGUGAAAUUUGUAUUAGAGGUGACCAAAUCAUGAAAGGUUAUCUAAAUGACCCUGAGGCUACUGAGAGGACUAUAGACAAAGAAGGUUGGUUGCAUACAGGUGAUAUUGGAUACAUCGACGAAGAUGAUGAGUUGUUCAUCGUUGAUAGGUUGAAGGAAUUGAUCAAAUAUAAAGGUUUUCAAGUGGCUCCAGCUGAACUCGAAGCCCUUAUUCUCUCACACCCUAAGAUCUCAGAUGUUGCUGUGGUCCCAAUGAAGGAUGAAGCAGCGGGUGAGGUCCCAGUUGCAUUUGUGGUGAGAUCAAAUGGUUGUACAGACACUACUGAGGAUGAAAUUAAGCAGUUCGUUUCCAAACAGGUGGUGUUUUACAAAAGAAUAAACCGGGUGUUCUUCAUUGAUGCCAUUCCCAAGUCACCCUCAGGCAAAAUAUUACGAAAGGACCUAAGGGCCAAGCUUGCAGCGGGUGUUACCAAUUGAAUAAUGUAUUCUCGUGCAUUAAGAAAUUACACAUUAUUAGUGUAUGAUAUUAGUGCGUGUACUCGUGCGAUGUACGAGAAUAUAUACAUCCGAUUGUGAGAUUUUUGUGAAAUAAAAUCUUAAAACAAUGAUACUCCUUCCGUUUCUCAA